AACAGAAUAAAAAAUGAAUCUGGUGUAACUUCCAUGAACAGAUCCCAUUGAUUCUCCACAGGUGAAGUUUUUAAUCGCAGGAAGUAAUUUCACCUCACAGUGAUAGAAGCGAUAUUAAAAAGUUUAAAGGGUUAAAAUCCAAACAGGGUUUGGUAACGUCAGUACAAAGAAAAUGGUUUUGCAAUGAGAAGCAGACAAAAUUAUUUUAACAUGGUCUGGGACCAAACAGCAUGAAGGACCAAGGAAUUUGCAGUAGCCAAAAGGGGCAGAUGAACUAGAAAUCAGCGGAUGCAAGGAGCCAGAGAAAUUUUAUUCCUUCACACGGGUGAGAUAAUGUCUCAGGCAACCAAAGAGCUAGGGAGAGUUCUAAGGAUUCUUACAACAACAUGGAGUCUAUUGGAAGAGGCCAGGGGAUAAAGAAAAUGGAGGGGUGGAGCAGGGAAGGCACCAGGAGAAGUGGAGCUGGCUGGCUGUGUGGAGCGGUCACGUCAGGGGGCUGACGGCUGCGAGCAAGGAGGAAGCAUGUUUCGAGAGUAGGAUUUUGGAGCCAAGAACUCCCGGGUUCUAUUUUCAGUUCUGCCCCGGGCAACUAAUUGCUACCGCUCUGCACCCCGGCCUCCCCCUAAACGAGAUGCGGAAGAUGCUUCUUAACGUCCAGGGGCGCGCGAGGAUGAGCGAAGCUUAGAUCUCGGAUCCCCAGCAGCACCUGUGCCUCGGGGAGUUGCAAAAGCUCUGAGUUCACCGGAGAGCCCCCCUGGUAUUACACCUAGCCCCCCAGGAAGGAGGCUUUGGAACUCGUGUGUUGCAUACUUAGAAACUACUUCCUACUGAAGGAGGCUUUAGAACUAGCAAUUCUCCUAGAUCUGGAUGAUGAGUGGGUACUUGGACGAAUCAGACUUUAUGAUGGUGGAGGAGGGCUUCACCACCAGAGACCUCCUUGAAAAUCUCCUCAUGGAGGUCUCCCAGACGAGCGACAAAGGGGCCUUUUUUGUGGCAGACCUGGGGGACGUAGUGAAGAAACACCUGCACUUCCUGAAGGCCUUGCCCCACGUCAAACCUUUCUACGCUGUUAAGUGCAACAGCAGCAAAGGAGUGGUGCGGACGCUGGCUGAGCUGGGGGCAGGAUUUGACUGUGCUAGCAAGACGGAGAUUGCAUUAGUUCAGAGCAUUGGGGUCCCAUCUGACAAGAUUAUCUACACUAACCCCUGCAAACAGAUCUCACAGAUCAAAUACGCAGCCAGCCACGGGGUGCAGCUGAUGGCCUUCGACAAUGAAGUAGAGCUCGGGAAAGUGGCAAGGAGCCAUCCACAUGCCAGGAUGGUUCUGUGCAUCACCACCGACAACCCCAGAUCCUCUGCCAGUCUGAGCGUGAAAUUUGGUGCCACCCUCAAGUCCUGCAGACACCUACUAGAAACUGCAAAGGAGAUGAAUGUGGAGAUUGUUGGCAUCAGUUUUCAUGUUGGCAGUGACUGCCCCGACCUGCAAGCCUUCUCUCGGUCCAUAGCAGAUGCUCGGCUGGUGUUUGAAAUGGGUGCAGAGCUGGGCUACAAGAUGCACUUAUUAGACAUUGGAGGUGGAUUCCCUGGCACUGAAAAUUCUAAAGUCCGGUUUGAAGAGAUGGCAGCCACGAUCAACUCUGCCUUGGACUUGUAUUUCCCAGAAGGCUGUGGGGUGGAGAUCAUCGCCAAACCAGGACGAUACUAUGUAGCUUCUGCCUUUACCUUGGCUGUCAAUGUUGUUGACAAGCAGGAGGUUCCCUUGGAUCCGCCUGGCUCAGACGAUGAAGAGUCUGGCAGCAAGAAGAGCAUCCUGUAUUACAUUAACGAUGGCAUCUAUGGAUCCUUCAGCUGCAUUUUCUUCAAUCACACCUGCCCCAGCCCCAUCCUGCACAAGAAACACAGCCCAGAUCACCCCUUGUUCAGCAGCAGCCUCUGGGGUCCUUCUUGUGAUGGGCCGGACUGCAUUGCAGAUGGCUUGGAGCUACCAGAACUGCAAGUUGGUGACUGGCUGACGUUUGAGAACAUGGGUGCCUACACCAUAGCAGCCUCGUCCUCUUUUAAUGGACACCGGCAGCCACAGAUCAACUACGCCAUGUCCCGGGAAGCUGUCCGGCUGCUACAGGGGAAGCUGCCACAACCAGAAGAAGAGGAUAGAGAGAGCCUGUGUGCUCCUCUCUCCUGUGGCUGGGAAAUCACAAAUACCUUGUGCAUUACCCCUGUCUUCACUCCAGCUAGAAUCACGUGAGCAGCACCAGUCAUGGCGGGGGCAGAUCCUUAACCAAGGGGACUCUUGUGUCCACUUCUCAUGCCCUCUCAGAUUUCUGCCCUGAAGUAGGACCUGUUUUACAUUCAGGUGUGGUUUUUUUUAAGUAUGCAACAUAAAUCCUGUUCCUCCUGCCUGUGUUGUGUUGCCUGCUGUGUGCCAUAGCAAAGGGCAGAGCAUUCGGUUUGUGGGUGUUUAAUUGCCGAUUGGGUUUACGUUAUUUUUGUAAGUUAUCCUAAUAAAUUGUAUUGUUUUUUUUU